AUGCCAUACAUUGAGUCGGGCGUGUCAUUGCUUGUGCUCAACGAGGAUGACUCCAAGCCAACAAUUGAAUGGGUCUUCUUAAAGCCACUGACAAUGGAACUUUGGCUAGCAAUUGUGGGUGGCUUCUUUCUCACUGGAAUAGUUGUGUGGAUGAUUGAGCGGCCUAAAAACCUGGAGUACCAAGGAUCGAGUUCGAGACAGUUCAGCACCGCUCUGUACUUUUCUUUCUCUACUUUGACAUUUUCUCAUGGUCAAAUUAUUAGAAGCCCUCUGUCAAAAAUUGUUGUGGUGAUAUGGUGCUUUGUCGUGCUGGUUAUAGUGCAGAGCUACACAGCUAGCUUAUCAUCCAUUCUGACUGCAAAGAGGCUCCGUCCUUCUGUGACAAAUCUUGGUCAGCUCCUGUCAAAUGGUGAUUAUAUUGGAUACCCAUCUGGAUCAUUUGUAUAUUCUGUCUUGAAAAAACAAGGCUUCACCGAAAAUAGGUUAAAGGCUUAUGCGAUGGAAGAGGAAUAUGCUAAUGCUUUGAGAAAGGGCUCAAAGAAUGGAGGCGUCGCGGCUAUAGUUGAUGAGAUCCCCUAUUUAACCUCUUUUCUCUCUGACCCUCGAUAUCAUAACGAGUUUCAGAUGGUUAACGGCUUAUAUAAGACACCUGGAUUUGGUUUUGUGUUUCCACAAGAUUCUCCACUGGUACAUAGUCUUUCAGUUGCCAUCUUGGGCCUGAUAGGUGGGGAUGAGGGAUCACGAAUUGAAGCGAAAUGGUUAGGCACAGCAACACCAUUGCCGAGUUAUGGUAUCCCCAACACAGAUGCCACACCUCUCACUUUGCGAAGUUUCUCUGGUCUCUUCAUCAUCACCAUAUGUAUCUCAGCUCUCAUGCUGUUGAUAAGGAUUGCCAAGUUGGUUCAUGCCAAAUACACCAAAGUGAGGGAUUCUGAUAUGCAGAGUGCCAAUGGGGAUGGUGGAAGUGAAGGCCACGCAGGAUCUGUUCCGCUGCAGAACGACAUGGACGAUGGGCCUAUGGCUGAUCAACCCCACCAUGAAGCCAGAAAUGAGGAUCCCCAGGUUGUCAGUGGGAUCGGAGAAAGUCCUGGUGAUGUAGAGCCCAAUGGCUAUGUGCCUGAACACGCCAUCCUAAUCGAGAUGAGCACUCGAUGA